AGACUUGUCUAUCUCCGCGAGAGAGAGAGAGAGAGAGUGAGUGAGUGUGGUAACUGGUAAUGAUGGCGUGUGGAAUUUGGAUAUUCCGGUAUCUGGUUUGUGGUUUGUUGGUUUUAACGGCGGUUGGAGUAGUUGAGGGAAAGAAUGCCGGCAAAGAUUUGCGGCAAGAAGCAGAUAGAGUAACGGAUUUACCCGGACAAUCGCCGGUGAAAUUCCGUCAUUUCGCCGGAUAUGUCAAUGUCCGACCAAAAGAUCAUAAAGCUUUGUUCUAUUGGUUCUUCGAAGCUGAAGAAGGAGUUGCAGAAAAGCCUCUAGUUCUCUGGCUCAAUGGAGGACCGGGUUGUUCAUCUGUUGCCUAUGGUGCUGUUCAAGAGUUGGGACCAUUCUUGAUACGAAAUAAUCAAUCAGACCUUAUACUCAAUAAGUUCUCCUGGAACAAAGCUGCAAAUCUUCUGUUUGUGGAGGCUCCAGUAGGAGUUGGUUUCUCAUACACAAACAAAACCCAGGAUUUAGAAACCUUAGGGGAUGGAGUUACAGCUGAGGAUUCAUAUGGUUUCCUACUGGGAUGGUUCAAGAGGUUCCCAAAUUUCAAAUCCCAUGAAUUCUACAUUACUGGAGAAAGCUAUGCUGGCCAUUAUGUUCCUCAACUUGCAGAACUCAUUUAUGAAAAUAACAAGAAAGCAAGCAAAGACUCAAUCAUUAACUUAAAGGGUUUCAUGAUAGGGAAUGCUGUGAUUAAUGAUGAAACGGAUCAAUUAGGGUUCAUUGAAUAUGCUUGGAGUCACACAAUCAUUUCAGAUCAGCUAUAUCAUAACAUUCUUAAGGAAUGUGACUUCAAGAGUAACACUGCAACUAGUCUUUGCAAUGCAUACAUAAGGAGCUUCUUACAAGCUUACUCAGACAUUGAUAUUUACAGCAUCUACACACCAGUUUGCCUUCGCUCUUCUGGCCAGACCACCACAAAGUUGCUGGCCGGUCCUCCAUUAUUCACUAAAAGGGAGCUAUGGUAUAAGCUACCAAUGGGUUAUGAUCCUUGUACAGAACUCUACACAGAGACAUAUUUCAACAGACAAGAUGUACAGAGGGCCCUACACGCCAAUGUUACCAAGCUGUCUUACCCUUACACCACUUGCAGCAAUGUCAUAAGCAAAUGGAAUGAUUCACCAAACACUGUACUUCCAAUAAUCAAAAAGCUUUUAGGGGCUGGAUUACGCAUCUGGAUCUACAGUGGAGACACAGAUGGGCGAGUCCCAGCAACGUCGACAAGAAAGAGCUUAAAUGAGUUGGGACUACCGGUGGAGGAAGCAUGGAGAGCAUGGUUCCACCGGCGUCAAGUAGCCGGGUGGGUGGUGACCUAUGAGGGUGGCCUCACAUUUGCAACAGUGAGGGGAGCGGGUCACCAGGUUCCGGUUCUUAGACCCGAUCAGGCCCUUUUCCUCUUUUCACAUUUCCUUUCUUCCAAAACUUUGCCCCCUUCUCGCUUCUAGUGAUAAUGAGACAAGAUAAUUAUAUAUAUUCUCUCUCUCUCUCCCUCUCUCUCUCUUUUUCUUGUUAUUGUUACAUUAUAGCCGCAAUAAGUACUAAAGAUAAAAAAAAAAAAAAAAAAAAGAAAUGAAAGAAAACAUAUGACUUAAAUUUUGUCUGUUUGGAUUAAAUUUAUCAUUAUGUAAUUAUUAAUAGGGAAAAGGCUGGGCAUGUUAACCUGUGCCUAGCAUUGUCUCUGCCUCUCUUCUCCCCCUUGAAAAUGUCCCCUUAUCCAUCCCAUUUCAUCCCAUCCUUCUUAUUGGAUGAGCCGCUAGCUCUAAAAUAAUUAGUACCAUGCCCAA